AUGGCGAAACGCAAGUCGACCGUCGAGAGCGACAGUCCAUCCAAGCGACUGCGCAACUCAUCUGUCGAAAAGACUCCUUCUGAGCUUCCUCCAACUGAGACUUCCGAGAAGAGAGGUCGUGGCCGUCCCCGCAAGAACCCAGAGGCUGCUACUCCACUUCUCCCGCCAUCUGAGCUUGACACUCCCAAACGCGGACGUGGCCGUCCCCCUAAGUCCCCCGCCGUUGCAGCUACAGCUGCAGCUGCCAAGACAUCGACCAAUUCAUCGACCAAGAGAGGACGUGGACGACCUCCUAAGGCGGGCACAAUUCCCAAAGAGAUAGUAUCUAAGGAAGUGGGCCGUGGUCGUGGUCGGCCCCGUCAAUCCAUUCCUUCUGAAGAAGUUACUAAAUCUAGUGAUGUUAAUGCAAAGGCUGAAUCUGGCGACUCUAAUAUUCCAGAGGACCUGCUCGAGGAACUGCCUCGUGGCCGGGGCCGGCCCCGUAAGAGCAUUGAUGCCAUCGAUGCUACUGUGACUGGGGAAGCUAGCCGUGGCCGGGGUCGGCCCCGUAAGAGCAUUGGUGCCAUCGAUGCUACUGUGACUGGGGAAGCUAGCCGUGGCCGGGGUCGGCCCCGUAAGAGCAUUGAUGCCACCGAUGCUACUGUGACUGGGGAAGCUAGCCGUGGCCGUGGUCGGCCCCGUAAGAGCAUUGGUGCCAUCGAUGCUACUGUGACUGGGGGAGCUAGUCGUGGCCGUGGUCGGCCUCGUAAAAGUAUUGAUACAAAUGGAGCUACUGCCACCGAAGCUACUGCCACCGACAGUACCGCUACCGACGCUACUAGUGUUGCAGAUGUCAUCACUGAAGUCGUUAACGCGACUGUGCCCGAGGAAAGAGGCCCUUCGUACUGGCUGAUGAAAGCUGAGCCUGAGUCACGCAUUGAAAAGGGCGCUGAUGUCAAAUUUUCCAUCGACGAUCUGGCCGCUGCGAAAGUUCCUGAGCCAUGGGAUGGGGUGCGCAACGCAGUCGCACGCAAUCUGAUGCGUGACAUGAAGAAAGGAGACUAUGCAUUUUUUUACCACUCGAAUUGCAAAGUCCCGGGAGUUGUGGGAGUGAUGGAAAUUGUUAAUGAGCACUCGGCUGAUGAGUCCGCUUACGAUCCUAAACACCCAUACUACGACCCCAAGUCUACUCGCGGAAUUGAGAAGUGGGUGGUCGUGCAUGUUGAAUUUCGCCAUAAACUCCAAAAACAGGUAACUUUGAACGAACUCAAGUCACAUUCCCAGCCCGGUCAAGCCCUCGAAAACCUCCAGACUCUUAAGCAGUCACGACUCAGUGUGUCGUCGGUGACCCCGGCGCAAUGGCGAUUCAUUAUGGAACUUGCAGGUGAAGAUCCAGCUGAAUUGAUGAAAGCGAUCACGAAGCCCAAUUCCGCUUAG